UAUUCUUGUUAACGGCCGUAUCUGCUUUCGUUCGAACGCUCUGAUUCGAACACGUUCGGAGAAGGUAUCAUUGGUUUCGUUCGAACCUGGCUGAACGAAUCCACUUUCGAAUGUAAACACUGUUGGUGUUACCAGAUGUGUUUCGAAAUUUAAAUCUUAUCUAGGGAAGUUGAAUUGUCAAAUCGCUGCAAAGAAUCAAUGUCGCCGUCUGCAAAAUAAAUAGUUGUAAAGAAACAAAGAAAAACAAACGAUGUAUGUUUCACUUUGUUUUAAGUGCGAUAGUUUUCAAAAUUUUAUUUGAAUUGAUAAAAGCUGUUCAUCAGACAGUGAGAAAUGAGUUUUCAUUGAUAGUUUUAGUUUUUGAAAUGUGUAUUUUUCCCGUCGCAGUUGUAAUGAAGCAAAGAUAAACAAACGAUAUGUGUUUCACUUUGUUUUAAGUGUGAUUUUUAUUUUAUAUUUUAUUUGAAUUAAUAAAAACUGUUUAUCGAAUAGGGAGAAAUCAAAGUUCAUUGAUAAUUUUAGUUUUUGAAAUGUGUAUUUUUCCCGUCGCAGUUGUAAUGAAGCAAAGAUAAACAAACGAUUUGUGUUUCACUUUAUUCUAAGUGCGAUUUUUGUUUUAAAUUUUAUUUGAAUUGAUAAAAGCUGUUCAUCAGACCGUGAGAAAUGAAUUUUCAUUGAUAAUUUCAGUUUUUGAAAUGUGUAUUUUCCCCGCUACAAAAGAGCGUUUGUUUUGUAUGAAAGAUUUCAAGAGGAUUAUAUUUUUUAAAAUCCGAAUGUCACCAAUGGUUUUGCCGAUUGUACAAAUUCGACUUCUUUACAGAUCGUUGGUUUAUUUCUUUUUCUAGAUCCGUGUUGAUAAAUUGGUGGAAAUCGAGUGACUUGCUUGUGCAGUUGAAAUUGUUGUUCUCAAGGCAAAAGAUGGAUACUGUUAUGCUGGGUUAUGUCGCAAUGAUGGAAGACAACACCCCCUCUUUGAGAAUGAGUAGAAGUAACCUUAGAAAGAAAACCAACAUCAUGAAUUUAUCAACAACACAGUAAGAAUGAUCAAUUCUUAGAGCUAGAUGAUUUAUUAUAAGACAUUUUAAUUUUUGAUUUUCAGAUUCAAGAAGAACUUUCGUUUGAAUAAAACAGCAUUUCGAUACAUUGUACAAGAGAUAAAAAAUGAAUUUCCACGUCAAAAGAAAGGCGGUCUAUCGGUGACUGAUAAACUUGCUGUCUGCUUGCGUUUUUUCGCAGAAGGGAGCUAUCAACAUGGUGCUAGCAAGGACUACGAUGUGGCUAUAGCCCAGUCAACGUUUUCCAAAGUUCUCGACGAGAUGUUGAUUAUUUUGGAAAGGAAGAUUUGCACCAAAUGGAUAAAUUUCGAAAUGACACAACAAGAAAUGAGGGAAGCAAAGCGAUUUUUUUUAUGAAAAAUCGGGAAUUCCGGGCGUUAUUAUGUGUGUAGAUGGCACGCAUGUUAAAAUUAUUCCGCCAAUUGCAGACCGGAAUCUAUUUUAUAAUAGGAAAGGGUUCUAUAGUCUGAAUACUAUGAUAAUAUGUGAUCACACCCAACGUAUUCGAUUCGUUGAUGCAAGCUUCCAGGGGUCUAAUCACGACUCUCAUAUUUGGAGUUUGAGUUCAGCAAGAGCACGUUUACAGGAAAUGCAUAGGAAUGGUGACACAAAUACCAAAAUUUUGGGUGAUGCCGGUUAUCCUUCCGAGCCGUGGUUGCUCACGCCUUAUCGAGCUCCAGAACUAGAAAGUCCAGAAAGCGAAUUUAACAGCAAGCAUGUUUUAGCAAGGGGGAUAAUAGAGCGAACGAUUGGAGUUCUAAAAAAUCGAUUUCGAUGUAUCCUUGGUGCUCGUCAGCUCCAUUAUACGCCUACCAAAGCGGCAAAAAUUAUCAGUGUUUGCUGUGCCCUGCACAAUAUAUGUUUAUAUUUUAAGAACGACAAUGAUGAGGUUCAGUCAACUGAAUAGAUGUUUUAAAGUGUCGAAUUCCUAUAUUCUAGAUUUUAUAUACCCUUCAUAUAUAUGUUAAAUAUUUACAAAUAAAUAUUUCCUUCACUGACGAAAA